UCCUCCUCUUUCUUCUCAGUGUGGUGUGUGAUUUCAGUAUCAAAUGUUAAUCGACCAUGGCUAAUAUUCCAAUGUCACUUAGAUACUCUUCUCUAACCCUAUACAGACAAGCAAUCGUAGCAGAACCCUGGCCGUUUUCCUGCGUUUUCUUGUGAAAAUUUGAAUUUUUUUUCUCGGAAAACAAAUUAACAGUAGAUUUAGUUAGAUUUUCUUCUUUUUUUUGUUUGUUUUUGGAUUUUGUUGUUUUUUUUUGCAGGGGAAAUCUGAGAUGGGUAGCGGCGGCGGCGGAGAGAAGAGUUCAUCAAGGAACUUUCAUCUGCAUCUGCCACACAAGAAACAAGAAGAAGUGAUCCGAGAUGUGCCGAAGGGGUGUUUGGCAAUCAAGGUAGGGCAGGGAGAGGAGCAGCAGAGAUUUGUGGUGCCUGUGAUUUACUUCAAUCAUCCGCUGUUCAAGCAGUUAUUGAAGGAGGCAGAGGAGGAAUACGGGUUCGAUCAGAAAGGGACGAUCACAAUUCCUUGCCAUGUUGAGGAAUUUAGGUAUGUUCAGGGGAUGAUAGACAAGGAAAAGUCCUUCCAUAAUCAUCACAAUCACCAUCAUAUUGGGUGUUUUAGGGUUUAAUUAGAGCCGGUUGUGGUGCCAAACAAGGCCUAACCUCCCUAAAGUAGGGUUUUAGCUGAUUUUGAUUAAUGGUUUCUGGGUUUUGUAAAUAUGGAGUGUUUUUUAGGUUUCUUCUUGUGGGUGAGUGAUGAUGAUGGAGAAGAUGGUGCCCAUAACAAGGACAAAUGUUCUUAGAGAUUUCAUUUGUUAUCUUUGUUUAAUGAAAAAGCCAAAGUAAUAUGCU